GAGCGAUAGCCACUCGCCGUCUGCAACUGUCACAGUCAGUCACGUGAAACCUUUCGCCGCUCGUCUCACUCGUCGUGUUCCUCCACUCGUCACGAUCGUCGCCGGAAAGGCCGUUUCGCCCUGCACAGCAAAGACAAAACCAUGCACGUCACUAUGGCUGACGUCCGAGGACUAAUGACGAUCGUCGUCGUACUGGUGAUCGGCGCCGUCCAAGCCACCAAUCAUCCGCGUACCGUCGGUCAAGGAAAGCAAUCGGGCGCCAACGCGAUAAAAGUAGUCUCGAACGAUAAAGGACCCAGAUGCCACCACCCAUUGAUAAACAAUUGCGAUACUUCAGUGUACCCAAUUUUGGACUGGGAAUUAUCUGGGUGGUUCUACCACGCGAUGUUCAAAUCUUGCCGACCAAUGUACUCACCAAAGGGCGUACACAUUUGCACUGAAAACCAAGAUCUGCCAAAAACCAGAGAAAUGUGCGAAGACUUAUGCGGUGAAUCGUGUCUCAUGAGCAAUGGUUCGACAGGUAUUUGCACCUUCCAUCAAAUAUGCAAGAUCGUUAAUGACAAGGCCACCGCCCACCCGAGACCGUGUGGGAGUUACAACGUAAAUUGCUGUCCCAAGGUAACCGAUGACAACUUGGUGCCAUUCGUAGAUCCUUCGCAAAACAGCAACGGGAAUGGCGAACUCGAUAACCGUAUCUCCACUGACCAAUCGUCCUCACGAAAUGGUACACUUUACAUAUAUCGUCUUCCGAAUAAUCGACUUGCGGAAGCCAAACACAACUAGUAAUACGAGUACUCGCACCAAUAACAUUGUUAUUUUGUGUAAAAGUAGUCACUGAAGUUUUUUUCUCCGUUUUUUAUUAUUAUUAUUAUUAUUAUUAUUAUUAUUAUUACUAUGAUUAUUAUAUUAUUAUGCGUAACGUCGCCUAAAAGGUUUUCAAUCGUCUAUUAAUAUGUCAACACCUUACUGACCGACCGGUAGCAGUCGUUAUUAUGGCUGCGUAUCGCGACACAAACGGACCCCAAACAAAGACGAACCGAAUAAUUUAACAUUUUACACGUCGAUUAACGGACUCUCUCUAAAAAAACAUGUCAGUGGAUCAAUAAUUUUUUUUAUUGAUGCAGAAAUACUGCACACACAUCAUCAUCCUCAUUACGCACACGUCACUGACACGUGAAAUCUCGUCGAAUUCGAUGCAUGACCUUAUUAUUUUAUCCAUAGAUUAGAUAAGGUAAAUAAACUAAAGUUUCGGUGACGAUCAGUUAUCACUCGCAGGGGUAAUAAAUAUUAUGAAACUUUAAAUUUUACCAACGUAAUUAUAUAGUGGGCCCUUUUUAAACAAACAAUAUAUUUAACAUAUUAUAUACAAUUAUACUUCAAAAACAUAGUAAUUAAUUUAACAUAAAUACACGACAUUUUGCUUGUCUGUCUAAAAUUAUUUUCUUAUUAUUGUUAUCCUUCAUUGUGUGAAAAUAAAUUAUUUAAAGGCCAAGACAUGUGAGCGCUUCGUUGUACAAUACUAAGCGUUGAUGAAGCCCAUAUUGGUGACGUUACAGUGUUUAUUUAUUACGUUUAUGCAGAUUGUUUUUCUUAAAUGUUCAUGUAUAUUUAUACCAUAUGUUUUUUUUUAUGACAAAAAAAAUUCCCGUCAUAAUUAUCAAAAUAUUAAACCUUUUAAAU